AUGGCUGCGAAUGGCAGUGGGUCGUCGCAGGUCAAUGUGCCUCCGUUUAAUGGAGAUGGCUACAACCUGUGGAGCUUAAAGAUGGAGACCAUUCUCCUCUCUCGUGAUUUAUGGGGAAUGGUGGAGAAGGGUUAUAAUGAAGAAGAAGAAGAUGAGCACAAGAGAACAGAGAAUACUAAAAGAAAUGCAAAGGCCCUAUGUCUAAUACAGCAAGCUCUGGAUGCGAAGGUUCUCAUCCGAAUUUCACAAACAAGGAAUGCAAAGAAGGCUUGGGACAUUCUAAAGGGCGAAUACCAAGGCUGCGCCAAGAAUGCUGCUGCUCAGCUUCAUUCUCACCGACAAGACUUCGAGAAUACGCGCAUGAAGCAUGGCGAAAAGAUACAAGACUACAUUAGUAGGGUGCUAACUGUAGUGUACCAUAUACGAGCCCUGGGAGAGGAGCUCAGUGAUCCUGCUGUAGUUGGGAAGAUUCUCCGAAGUCUAUCCUCAAGAUUCAACCAUGUGGUGUCUUCUAUUAUUGAAUCAAAGGAUCUGAGUUCUCUCACCAUUGAAGAACUCAGUGGGUCUCUCAGAGGUCAUGAAGGGAGGCUGGACGUUGAUCAAGACCACAUGGAGGAGAAGGGAUUGUAUAUCAAGGGUGCCACAUUUCAAGGUGGCCGUGGAGGUAGAGGUCGCGGUCGAGGGUCCUACAGAGGGCGAGGACGUGGUCGAGGUUGGAAUUCAGAUCAAGGGCAAGGACGAUGGAGCCCAGAUCAAAGCCAAGGUCGCACUUCUGAAAGCAGCAAGCAAAAUAAAGGAGUACAAUGUUAUGCUUGCAAAAACUUCGGUCACAUAAAAUCAUAA